AGGUAGGAUAUGCUUAUACACCUGGAGGUCAAAUUAAAGUACUAAUGUUUGGAGAAGCACUGAGAAUGAGUGACUAACAAAGUUCAGUGAUGGACCACACAGAGAGAUUAACCAAGAAUGCGUUGACCCGAUACUGAAUUACCUACGUCAAAAAGUCUCGACAAUCUCUGAUGACGUUGGGUUCAGAUUCCAGUUCAUCGUGAACCCUCAGUGAAUGGGUGACUGGAACACGGGCCUAUAUAAAGGACCCUAUUAAAUCACUCCUUCUCAGAUUUUAUUGAAAAUUAUUGCAGGCUGACAUGGAACAUUGACCAUCCUAGUCAAGAAAGAGAUGUUUACUUUUUUUUAUUGAUUCUCAGCUUCUGCUUGUGUAGGGCAUUUAAUGGCAGCUUCAUUCUGCUACUGGGAUACACCGUAAGAAGGUGUUUGUGUCCGGAAUACUUAAACACUGCUGUGAGGAUUAAUCUGUUCAUUUAGACAAAGAUGGAAAAAAAUUCCACAUGAGAAAAGGCGUGUUUGGACGAUAGGCUUUUAACAGGGUGUCAGACAGACGAUUCAGGGAUUGGAGGAUAAUUCAUUUGUUUUUCACUUGACCAAAAAAUCAUUGAACCAGUGCUUCAGGGAAAAGGACCCAGUAUUGAAACAUCUCAAUCCAUAAUUUUUUUUCAUCAUCAGAGGACAUACACCUAUUUGACAGGAUGCUGGAAUUAAAACAUUGAAAGACUGAUCAAAUUAACCUCAUUAGAUCCAGCAAUUCAUUCUGUGAUAGUGGGAAGAUAGAGAAUAAAUUUGUGGGUGUUAAUAUCAUCUGAAGCAAUAUCAGAUCUCGUGUGGAGGGAAAUCCUCAGUGACUGCCUUCAUUACCAUGGACAACCAGCAGCAACCAUUGAGGGACCAGGGACUGAUUUCUGUAGCUUCCCAUGUUUUGGAUGAUUCCGACAUUAGAAAUCACAGAUCUGCUGAUGCAGUCUACAUUGGGUUACAUGUGCCAAAAAGAAAACAUCGACGUCACAAACAACGCAGCAAACACCGGAGAGUGGAAGGGGACAAAACGCAAAGCAGCCAGCCAGAGGUCUUCCAAGACGUUACCAACCCGGCCCAGCGAGUUCAGUUCUUGUUGGGGGAGGAUGAAGAUGAAGAACACAAGGCUCACGAUUUGUUCUGUGAGAUGGAAGAACUCUCCUAUAAUGGAGACCAAAUAGAGUGGAAGGAAUCUGCGAGGUGGAUUAAGUUUGAGGAGGAUGUGGAGGAAGGUGGAGAGAGGUGGUCCAAGCCACAUGUGGCCACGCUGUCCCUCCAUUCUCUGUUUGAACUUAGGUGUAACAUCCUUAAUGGAACAGUGAUGUUUGAUAUAGAACCGUAUGACUUACCAUCCCUAGUCGAGUUGGUGGUAGACACAAUGGUUGCCAGCAAACAGUUGGAGGAGAACUUGAAGGAAAAAUUUAUAGAAACUAUGCUGAUCCGACAUCGACAUCAGAACCAGAAAAAGCCCCAGAGAUUGGACGAAAAUGGAGGCAGCAAAAUACAUCUCCCACUUAUCCGAUCAUUUGCGGAAAUCGGCAGGAAAAGUUCUGAGCCAAAGGCUCUUCAUAAACAUGCUGAGGACCCAGACAACCCUACACAGGCUCUAAAGAACAGAUUCAAAAGUGCCAAAAGUUCUCCAAAUUUCCAUGCUCCAGACAAACAGAGUAUACCCAGUCGACUGGAUCACCACACAACAUAUGCAGGGAGCUUAUCAGCCAAUCAGAGCAGCAAUGACCUGUUAACUCGGGACUCCUCUCACAAGGACUUGAGCCACAUGAGCAGUCAUAGUCUGCACUUUAUGAAGAAAAUUCCGCCAGGGGCAGAGGCGGCCAACAUUCUGGUGGGUGAGGUGGACUUUUUGAAUCACCCCGUGGUCGCCUUUGUCCGACUAUUACAUCCAAUCAUCCUGAGGGAUUUGACGGAGGUUCCUGUGCCAACCAAGUUUGUGUUUGUGUUACUGGGUCCCAUGGGAAACCAGAGCAAGUUCCACGAGAUAGGACGGUCUAUAGCCACACUUAUGUCAGAUGAGGUGUUCCAUGAUGUAGCGUAUCACGCUCACAACAGAGAUGACCUGCUGGCCGGGAUUGACGAGUUCCUGGAUCAAGUCACAGUUCUCCCUCCUGGAGAGUGGGACCCCAGUAUUAGAAUAGAACCCCCCAAACAGAUCCCCUCUCAGGAGAGCAGGAAGAACAACUACUACACUCCUCCCCCUAAAACUGAGGGGGGAGACUCGGAGGUUGUAGAGGAGGAGUCAGACCAUGUGGAUGGGGCUCUUGUGAGAACUGGAAGGUUGUGUGGAGGAUUACUAGAUGACAUAAAGAGGAAAGUCCCGUUUUAUGUCAGUGAUUUUAAGGAUGCUGCACACGUUCAGUGUCUGGCAUCUUUCGUCUUUCUGUACUUUGCCUGUUUAACUCCUGUCAUAACAUUUGGAGGUCUGUUAAACGACGCCACGGGAGGAUACAUGGCUGUGUUUGAGAGCAUUUUAGCAGCUUCAAUAUGUGGGAUAUUGUACGCCUUGUUGUCUGGACAACCCCUCACCAUAUUGGGCAGUACUGGUCCAGUUCUCGUGUUUGAAACAAUCCUGUACCAGUUCUGCGAUGACAAUAAAUGGGACUAUCUGGAGUUCCGCCUAUGGAUUGGUUUGUGGACGGGGGGAUUCCUUAUCACCAUGGUGAUUUUGGACUUGUCUGCAUGGGUACAGUAUAUCACCCGCUUCACCGAGGAAAGCUUUGCUCUUCUCAUCUCCCUAAUCUUCAUCAAGGAAGCCUUCGCUAAGCUGGCGAGUGUGACGCUGAGUCACCCCAUCCACUUCCCAAUCGAACACCGACCAGGCUGGUGCCAGGGAAUAUGUCGGCCUCCUUUCCUAGAUGACAACAGCUCACUGGCUAACGAUACCAUGGCAAAUGCAACAAUGGCUAACGAUACCAUGGCAAAUGCAACAAUGGCUAGCACGACAGUGAUCGGUGUAACAACUAUAUCAACACUUAGUAAUGUUACAGAAAAUAUGACAGACUCGGUCAAUAUGACUCUGUGGUGGGCCAACAAGACACUUGAGGACUGUGUGUUAAGUGGGGGGUACUGGGAUCAGAGCUUUGAUUGCCACAGUGACACAGAGCCAGAGGUUUUCUUCUUGUCUGUGAUUCUGUUUUUGGGAACUUUCACCAUAGCUAUGGCUCUGAAGGGUAUGCGAACCAGCAAAUUUUUUCCCACGCAGGUGAGAGCCAUUGUGAAUGAUUUCGCCGUCAUGCUUGCUAUUUUGAUCAUGGUGCUGACAGAUUUCCUGUUGGGUAUACCGACACCAAAACUAGAUGUUCCUCAGGAAUUCAGGCCCACUAGUGAUAAGAGAACGUGGCUUGUGAAUCCAAUAGACAAAAACCCUUGGUGGCUGCCCAUAGCUGCCAUCAUCCCUGCACUCCUAGCCACCAUCCUGAUAUUCAUGGAUCAACAAAUCACUGCUGUCAUUGUCAACAGGAAGGAAAACAAACUCAAGAAAGGAAAGGGCUACCACCUGGACCUAUUCAUCGUGGCCUGUCUGAUAAUUAUCUGCGCUAUCCUGGGCCUGCCAUUCUUCGUGGCUGCCACUGUGUUAUCCAUUACACACGUCAUGAGUUUAAAGAAGGAGUCAAAGUGUGCAGCACCAGGGGAGGCCCCCAAGUUCCUGGGUGUCAGGGAGCAGAGAGUGACCGGCCUGAUGAUUAACUUGAUGAUCGGAGUCUCUGUUUUGAUGACGGGUAUUCUGAAGCACAUCCCCAUGCCUGUAUUAUAUGGAGUAUUCCUCUACAUGGGAGUGUCCUCUCUCCGAGGGAUGCAGCUGGUGAACCGGAUCCUCAUCUGGUUCAUGCCCCAGAAGUACCAGCCCGACUACAUGUAUCUCCGACACGUCCCCACAAAAAGGGUCCACCUCUUCACUGGUGUGCAGGUCAUGUGCUUGGUGGUCCUGUGGAUCAUCAAGAGUAUAAAAGAAACCUCCAUAGCUUUCCCACUAAUGGUAUUGGCUAUGUGCUUUGUGAGGAAAGGAUUGGACUGGGUAUUCACUCAGGACGAAUUACGAUGGUUAGACGAUGUCAUGCCAGAAAUUCACAACCGAGACAAAGAAGAUAAAGAAAAGGAGAAGGAAAAAGAAAAGGAAAAAGAAUUGGUAAUGCAGAAUGGAGCUUCCUCUUCAUCAGCCAAUUCUUUCCACAUGAACGUUGUCAAAGUUGGAAUUAACAGCCCGGACAGCGAUAUAUGCAUAUCUGAUGAAAUGGCCAAAACUAGUCUGUGGAAGUCCAUUAUUGCCAACGAGUCAUCACCCUCACUAAACAGCAACAACAGUGUAUCAAAACACCACCAUAAAAAACACAAAAGCAAAUCCUCAGGUCAAGCCGUGUCCUUCUAUAUUGAUGAGGAAGAAAAAGAGCACCUGUUGCCAAAAAAUACCCCGGAAAUUGUGGUGGAUCCACCCAGUCGAGACGAAAGCGAGGUAGAUGAAAAGGACAGUAAGAUGUGAUCACACUGGCAGGCUCCCCACUUAAUUUUUAGUCCCAAAUAGAAUGUGAUUUCAUUGUGUUAAGGAUUAAUUUACAAUAUUUAUAGAUUGGAUCUUGUUGAAUUGCAUUUAUCGUACUUUGUGUGAUUGAGGUGAAAGUCUGUUAUAUAAGGUCACCUUUUUUAUCCAUUCUGUACAUGUAAUUGUCAGGAACAUAUUGUCUAAUGUCAGAGGCACAGCCAUAGGCUGUUAACUCUAUCAAUGUCUGCUUGCAUUAUCUCUCAGUCGUGAUUGUUACAAAACAUCUCAUCCACAUUUAGUACAGGUCGGUACCUUGUGUCAUACAAUGUACUUAACAUGUUGGAAAUGAAUAUUCAAGCCUGCAAUGAUUUUUGACUUGGUUUUGAUGUAAAAUGUUUACAGUUUGUCAUCCUAUGUACUUGUCCUACAUUUUUAUACAGUCUCAGUCACUCUUUGAAGAAUUAGGAGUACCAAAAAUAGAGAAUAUUUUCUUUUCAUAGAAAAGGCAGCAAUUAAUUUUGUGUUUUUUAAAAUCUGAAUUGAAAAUUCAAAAAAAAGAAAUUCAUUAGAAACCUGGACCUGAUAUGUUGUAUGUUCGUUGUGUAAUGAAUAUUGCAGUUUUAAACAUGUUACAACAGUUUUAGCAAUUGAAUAUACCUGUACAUGAAUUUUUAAUAAUUUAUCGUGUAUUUUUAGUUUUAUAUCAAAAUCUGUGUUUUUAGGUGAUUUUUUUUAGAAUAAUUUUGUCUCGGUCUUUGAAGCUUUAUCCAUUGAUCCCAGUGCAGAACACUUUAAAGUAUGAAUAUCAAUUUUAUUCAAAGUAGAAAAUCCAAACCCAUGUGGAAAUCCUGACCUGCAUAAAGGUCUUAUUAGUAAUAUAUACAUGGAUUUUUCAAUCAAUUUUUAAGUUUGUCUCAUUUGUUGGUGUUUUUAGUAAGAUUUGUUCAUUUACAUGUGCAUUAUAUUUUUCCCCAUUGUUACAGCACUGUAGAACAUUAGUUAGAGUGUUGAUUCAUCUAAUGAUGUAGAGAUUUCUUGUAUUGCAUUUUUGUUAGAGGUUGUUGGGACUGGAAAUAUGUCAUCGUGUAAAUGAAACUUUUUCUCAGAAAUCAUUUUGAUGUGGUUUUAUCUGGAUAUGUGGGCAACUCCACUCCACAAAAUGGAGGUCCAGAGUGUCCUUUGUUAAAUGUUCCUUGAUUGUAGCACAGAGACAUAAAGGCUUUCUUCUAUCACAGAGGAAAUUCUGUAACAAACUGUCCUGUUGAAAGUUCAUUAAUCCUUUUCCACAAAAAUGUUUUAUUAGAGAACAGGUUUUAGCAGAAUCGCCAAAAAUAUACAAGUAUUUUAUGUUAGCUAUGAGGAAGCUAGGUAUUUAGUUUUAACCACUGAUAGUGCAUCUUUUUGAAAUUUAGAAUAAUUCAUGGUGCAGAGGUUUCGAUUUUUCAUACGACGUCCUCUGAAAUAAGAGCACCGUGUAAGCAUUUCAUAUUACAGAGAGAAAUUCUAAAUCCAUGCAUUACACUAACAAUAAUCUCGUCUGCGAGUGAUCUCCGAUGCAAUAUUGAGCCGUUAACUGUAUGUUAAACCCUCUUUUCUUUUAAUUAAUGGAUAAGAAUGUAGUGCAGAAUUAUCCACCAAUCUGUGAUACUUGUAACAGUUAACAAUUAUUUUUAUAUUUAAUAUAAAUGUGUGUUCAAAAUAUUUGUUACCUGCAUUAUUGAAAGUUUGUCAGUAUAAAUUGUUUUUUUUUUCUUGUUUGCCUUUUUUUUUUCCCAUUUCAUGUUUCAUUUCCACUGGGGCUUUAGUUUUUGUUGUUCAUCCAGAGCUUGCAAUAAUCAUUUGUAAAUUUGUGCUUUUAAGAAUCAUCACUCAAUCAUUUUUUUCAUUUUGUCAAAUACUCUUUACACAGAUCUCAUAAAGCUUCGACCUAAAAUUGCUCACCAUUCAUUCUACAUGUAAUCAACACAUAUAUGCAUCAGUGUUUCUAGAGACUGUGAAUCUAUUGGUACAACGUUUGGAUGAUGCUGUAUAUGUACUCAGGCAUUAAAUAACAUAUCAUAUUUUUGUUUGCUUCAUACAUGUACUGUAAAUCACUAUUUUUUAGAAUGUUUAGGAAAUACUUGUAUACAGAAUAUAGUUUAUAUCCUUGCCUCCCCCCCCCCCCCCCCCCCCCAACAAAUACAUGUAAAAGCAUGAGACAUCAUUUGUGUGACCUGAUUUAUCAAAGUACAUGACUUAAAGCCACUUAUUAUUAUUCAUUUCAAGUUAUCAUUCAUAAAAUUCACAGCAUUUGUAAAUCUGAUAUAAUCAAAAUGGUCUUUCUAGUGAUUUUUGUUACUGAAUACUUAGUAUGCAGUUCCUGGUGUAUUUCAUGGUGUCUUAAACAUUAAACUAUUUAACAGGACAUUUAUUACUAACACUUUUCUGCAAGUUCCCUCAACGCUGACUAUUGUCAUCGUUAAUCACAAGAUCAUAAAUACUUCAUAUCUUUUCGCUGAAAGUUUGUAAUCCUGUGUUUGGAAAGGGAAGAUAGGUUGAAGUUUUAUGCUGUGCAGGAAAAUGAAUACUAAAAAUGUGUCAUCAUUUCAAAUUAUAUUUCAAAUUCUGUUUUAUGUAGUUUCAAUUUGUCAAACCGUUCACUUAAACAGCAUCAUUUUUCCAAAACAGAUUUCAACUUUGGGGAAAAAAUCAUUUAGUUUAUCAUUUGAGUAAAUCAAGUGAUUUAUAACCACUUAAAACUUCUUGGCAAACUGAUUUUGACUAUGUAUUACUCCUUUUAUCUCCUAGGCACCUGAUCCCACCUCUGGUGUGUCCGGGGAUCCGUGUUUGCCCAACUCUGUAUUUUUUAUUCCUUAUAGGAAUUAUUGAGAUUGAUCCUUGAUCGUUAUCUUCACCUUUCAUGCUCUUCUAUUUUGAUAACACUGCAAUUUAAACAAUGAAUUUUAUGAAUAUUUUAUGAAUGAUUAAGAAUUGAAUUCUAGACAUUAUAAACUGACCCUGUAGAGAUCUAAUGGUGAUCUCGGACAUUGAUGUGGUCAGUUGACUGUAACCUGUAUUAUGUUUGUACCAUCACGAGCCACUCAUUAGUUUUGGUUUGUUUUUAUUUCGCAUGUGCAGUGGAUUUUUACUAUGUUGGUUGUUAUGUACAAGGAGAAGAUGGUUUUCCUUUUAUUAAUAUAUAUGAUGAUGUACUUUGUUAAACAAUAGUUUUGUGAUUAAAUCCUUAUUGAAUUAGGCAGGUAUAUGAUGACAUAAAAAGUUGUGUAGUCAGUAAAAUCAUGCUGAACGUGAAUAAAUCAUGAAGAGAAAUGA